CUCAUAUAGAAUAGAAAAAAAACUCUAUCAACAUGUCAAGUUAUAAUAAUAAAUCAACAAUACCACCAAGAUGGCUUAAUUGUCCAAGAAAAGCUAUCAGAUUGAUAGGAAAUAAAUUCUUAGCGUUUAAAACACCAUUAUCAUCUGCGUUCAAUGACCAAGUACCGGAAGAAUGUCGGUUCACAAUAGACAUGCUUUUUUCUUCUCUGAGAAGUGAAAAAAUUAAGCUCGGUUUAUGGAUUGAUUUAACCAACACAACAAGAUUCUACGAUAAGAAGAAUUUGGAAGCUCACGGUUGUAAAUAUUUGAAAAUACAAUGCAGAGGACACGACGAAAGUCCGUCCAAUGAACAAACUAAUUUCUUCAUACACAUUUGUAAACAAUUCAUAUCUCAAAAUCCAUUGGAUGUAAUAGGCGUUCAUUGUACUCACGGUUUCAAUAGAACUGGAUUUUUAAUAGUCAGUUAUCUGGUGGAAAUUGAUAGCAUCAGCGUUGAUGCAGGUUUGGCUGAAUUUGCAGCAGCUCGACCACCAGGUAUUUACAAAGCUGAUUAUAUCAAAGAAUUGUAUAAACGAUAUGAUGACGAAGAAGAUGCACCUGAUCCACCACCAAGACCAGCUUGGUGUUUAGAAUAUGAUGAUUCUAACGUGGAAGAUACUGACGAAGGACCAAGUGUGGAUAAUAAUACAAUUGAAGGGGAAUCCAAAAGAAAAAAAAGGGAACAUCAUAACAAAAAUCCUGUAUUUAUGGCUGGCGUAUCGGGAGUAACACCAAUCUUGGAUCAAAAGAAAUCAUCUGGUAUACAAAAGUGUGUUCAAGAAAUUUGUUCUUGGACGUUGUCAGGAUUUCCAGGUUCUCAACCGGUUUCAAUGGAUUUAGAAAAUAUUAGGUUAUUACAUGAAAAACCUUACAGGGUAUCGUGGAAAGCUGAUGGAACUAGGUAUAUGAUGUUAAUACAAGCCAACCGAGAAGUAUACUUCAUAGAUAGAGAUAAUAGUGUUUUCCAAGUGGAUGGUUUAACUUUUCCACAUCCCAGAGAUUUAUCCAAAUGUCUUAAAGAUACACUUUUAGAUGGUGAAAUGGUAAUCGACAAGGUAUGCGAUAAAGAAUAUGCAAGGUAUUUAGCAUACGAUAUAGUUAUGUUCGAUGGUAAGGAUGUUAGCAAAUUACCAUUCCAUCCUGAUCGAUAUGAAAUUAUUGAAAAAGAAGUAAUCAAAAGUAGGCAUAGAGCAUUAAUGGAAGGAAGAAUAAGAAGAGAACGAGAACCAUUUUCAAUUAGAUUAAAACACUUUUGGGAUGUUGUACAAGCUGCUAAUUUACUUAGCGACAAAUUUGCCAAGAAUUUGUCACACGAACCAGACGGAUUAAUAUUUCAACCAUCAAAAGAACCAUAUCGUCCGGGACCAUGUCCAGAAGUUUUAAAGUGGAAACCAUUGUCAUUGAAUUCAGUUGAUUUCAAAUUAAAAAUUGUCACUGAAACAGGAGUUGGAAUACUUCCACGUAAAGUUGGUCAUCUUUUUGUUGGUGGUUUGGAUGUACCUUAUAGUCAAAUGAAAAUUACUAAACAAAUAAAGGAUUUAAAUAAUGCCAUUAUAGAAUGUAAAUUAGAAAAUGGUCAAUGGGUUUUUAUGCGAACCAGAACUGAUAAAUCAUUUCCCAAUUCUAAGCGUACAGCUGAUGCUGUAUUCGAAAGUAUUAGAAGACCUGUUAAAACGUCCUAUCUUUUGGAAUAUAUUGAGAAACAUAAAUUUUUGGAAGAUGAUUCGGAUCUUAUGCCACCACCUAAAAUCAGAUCUAAAUUAGAUUAAUGAUUUGUUAUUAAAUUUAAUGGAAUUAAUCGAUAAUCGUUUUACCAACAUUACAAAUGUGUAUUCCUACUUUUGAAAUGAAGUAAUUAAUUAGCAUAAUUGCAAUGUCAACUUUACAUAUUUGAGAGAUAUAAAAGAAGAAGAA